AUGGGGCAGAGCUUCGAAGUGAGGGCCGCAGUGGCCGAAGAACUUGGGUGUUUCAAGCAAAGGUUGGCUGAAAAGUUCGGAGUGCCCACGCUUGGCAUACGACUGGAACACAACAAGAAAAUCUUGCUCGACGACACCCUCGCAUUGGAAGCGCUUCUGCAACCUGGCGAAGAAUCAACCGAUCCUCCACAGCUCACCCUGCAAUUUGGUUUGCGCGAUGCCGAAGAAACCUGUCAGCUCCAGAAGCUGACCAGCUGCUCCAGUGACGAAGUGAUCCGUUUUCUUGGAAAGCUGCCCAUCAUGGAGCUGAGCAAAGAUGUCAUCCUUGCAGCGGUUAGCCGAGCUCCAGAAGCUUUGGGCAGAAUUGGCAGCUGGCAGGAUGACAAGGAGGUUGUGUUGGCUGCAGUAGCGCACGACGGGAUGGCGCUUGAACUGGCUUCUGAAGCACUGAAGGAGGACGAGGAAGUCCUCCUCACUGCUGUGGCGCAGAACGGCUUUGCGUUGGAGUUUGCCGCCAGGGCGGCAAGAGCCGAUGCGAAGGUCGUGGCCGUCGCCGUGGAUCAGACUGGGACCGCCCUCCGCCACACUACAGAUGGCCUUCGUGCAGAUCGCGUCCCCGUCCUCGCAGCAGUCUCGCGCGACGGGCUGGCGCUCAGGCAUGCGUCGGAUGAGCUCAGGGCCGAUGAGGAGGUGGUUUUAACGGCUGUCCGGCAAUGUGGCGAGGCCCUGCGCUUUGCGAGAGCCGUGUGCAAGGCCACGGCUGCUGUAGUCGCAGAAGCCGUGCGAUGCAAGGGCAGGGCCUUACGGCAUGCAGCGUCGAGCUGCAGAGCAGAUGCAGUCAUCUUGUCCAUCGCUGUGGAGCAGGAUGCGCUUGCCCUUGAGUUUGCCUCUGACGAGGGCAAGUCUGACAAGGAGCUGGUCUUGGCUGCCGUGCGGCAAAACGGUUUGGCAUUGGAGUUUGCAGCCCCAUCGCUACGGUCGGACCCAGAGGUCGUCUUGGCGGCCGUAGACAACCACGGCCAGGCCCUCCAACAUGCGGCGGACGUCCUGCGAUGGGACCACCGAAUGGUGCUGCGAGCUGUAGCUCAGGAUGUCGCGGUCCUGAUGGACGCACCUGAAACAUUGAAGGGAGACCGGAGCUUCGCGCUGGAGGCCGUACGAGUUUGUGGCAGCGCUCUGAAGCACCUACCGGCCUUUGCUUCUGAUCGCGAAGUUGUGCUGUCGGCCGUGCAGCAAAAUGCAGGCGUGCUUGGGUGGGCUUCAGCCGAGCUGAGACGAGAUCCCAGCCUCAUUUGUGCGUUUUUGCGCUACGACUCCUCCGCCGUGCUGUAUGCCGCCGAAACCUUGACACGGAACCGCGAGUUCGUCCUCCUCGCCCUGAGUGUUAAUCCGCAAGCACUGGCAUACUUGCAGGACUUCCAGAGAGAUCGGCAGAUGGUACUGCAAGCCGUGCUGGGUGAUGGGAGCAACUUGCGCUUUGCAUCGGAAGAGCUGCGGAUGGACGAGGACUUCGUGCUAGAAGCCUUUGCCACAGCUCCUGAAUGUCUCCGGCAUGCUGCUGCCCUACUCUUCGAAGAUGACGACUUCUUACUGAGAGCUGUCACUUGCAAUCCAUGCGCGCUAGGCCUCGCCUCGCACGACGUGAGAUCAGACCCCAAAUUCAUGCUGCAAGCCAUCGAAGUGAACCCUGCUGUUUUCCAGUACAGCACCUUCGAACUGCGACAAGACCAUGACUUUCUAUUCAAGGCUGCUUGCCAGACGCCAGCAGUCUUGCAGCAUGUGGACGACCAGCGCAGACUGGAUGAUGGGUUUCUGUUGGACAUUAUCGCCGUGCGUGCCGAAGCUGUGUCAUGCAUGCCUGAUGGGCGGCGUGCGGACAAGGACUUUGGCCUCCGAGCGGUGCAGCGCAAUGCCUCCGCCCUGAGAUACUUGGGAAUCAACGACAUGAACUUUGCCCUGGAGGCUUUGCAGCUGCGCGGAGACGCGCUGGCCUACGCGGGCGAACUGCAAGCGGACAAGACCGCGGUUCUCCAGGCUGUUCGCAGCUCGGGUGCAGCGCUCUCGUAUGCUUCAGCAGCGUUGCGCGCCGACCCAGACGUUUGUCUUGCGGCUGUCCAAUCCGAUCCCAUGGCUCUACAAUUCGUGGCGGAGAGUUUCAAAGUAGAUCGAAGAUUUGUGUUGCCAGCAGUCGAGAAGAAUGGCCGGGCUCUCGAUUACGUCUCCGAGGAGCUGAGAGGUGAUGAGGAGCUGGUCUUGGCCGCACUGUCGACGGAUCCCGGGGCCCUCCUGCAAGCUCCGUCGUCUCUACGCUCGCAAAGGCAGUUUGUCUGCCGGGCUGUUCGACAAGCUGGUAUGUCGCUGGAGCACGUGGGCAGCGAACGGAACGACGAAGAGGUGGUGAAGGAAGCCUUGAGCCAGGAUGCAUCUGCUUUUCAAUUCAUUGGUGAACAGCUCCGGAACAGCAGCGGUUUCCUCUGGGACGUGUUGCUUCGAUUUGGUUUGUCCGAUGACUUUGCCGCCGAGCCGGAGUGCGACAUCCAGGAGCUGCUGCACAAGGUGCAGAUACUGGAAGGUGCUGAAGCCAUGGCCAAGUCGGAUCGUGACGUUGUCGUGAAGCUGAGGACGGUAUGCCCUUCUGAAUUCUCUUGCGCGUCCGUCGCCCAGCACAGAGAUGCACCAGGUCCUCGUGGCCGGCGUGUUUUAUUUGGACCGUGUGUUGUGCUCCCUUGA